CAGUGAACCGGGGCCAUAAUUAACAGACGAACCGACAGGCAAGCGAAACAUUUCUUUAACGUCGCUAACAUGAAUAUAAUACAAAUUUAAGUUUACAGAUAAAACAAAUGUUUACCCUGUGACUAACAAAACGACGUUCGCGCAAGCUGAACUAAAACUUAACUCGAAACCCGGGAGUUCCCCGAGCGUGCGUUAUCGACCUCUUAGCAACCAUGCUCGCUAAGCGGGCGACGACGGCAAAAGAGACCCGGGGGAAAGUUCCCAACAAGCGGGGAAAGGAGCACCGGUCCAACAAAGUGUUGGCCGAGAGGAACCAGGCGGUGGUGGCCGUGGGAGCCUGGGUGGAGGACGGCCAAGAAUUCGAGGAGCAUCCGUGUGACGUGGCUUCUUUCACUGAUGAGCUUCAAGCAGAGAAGCGAAGGGAGAAUGAAGAGAGCCUGCGAAGAUUCCAAGCGCAAGUGCGUCAUCGUGUGGCUGUCAUGAGCAAGAGGAGGCUUCAGGAAGCGCAUUCAGUGCUGAAUGUUGACGGAAGAAUCCCAAAACAGCAUCAAAGUGUGCCAGAAAAGACAAACAUCAAUGAGCUCCGUGACAGCACCAGGCAAGUCCGACUCAAACUGGCGGCGUGCCAGACCACCCUGUCCGUCGACGAGACGUCAGAGCCUUCUGCAGACAACUGGAAGAUAUCGCUCACCAGACAUAUGACUGAAUGUGACGUCUUGAGGGAGGAGGAGGAGGAGGAGGAGGAGGAGGAAGAGGAAGAGGAAGAUGAACACAGAUGCCACCUGGUUAGACACCCGGCAAGCAGUAUUAGACCCACACAACAUGUUUUGACAAGUGUUCGUGGGUGGGGAGUAGACAUUUCCAGGUCUGAGCUGAGAAUCCCGAAGGUCCUUUGGCCUAUACAGGACAAGGAGGAGUUAAAAAGACAGCGCCAGUUGCAGUUCCUGAUGCACCGCCGCCACUUCAUGAGCGUGGAGCGGCAGCGCGUGAAAGAGAACAACCAGCACAGGAAGCACCUGAAGAAGACGGCGAGGAUCAAAGCGGACAAGGAAAAGGCUCGCCUGGAGGAGGAGCGGCAGCUGGAGCGAGCACGGCAGCUCACGCACGUCCGGCAGCGACUGGAGGAGCGGGAGAUGCUCGUCCUGGAGCGCCUCAAACUGGAGGGGGAGGAGAAAGCGGCCGAGCUGGAGAGGAGGAGACGUGAAACCGAAAAAGGGAUUGUGGCGACCAGGUACAUCGACGCUCUGAGAUCCCAGGUGAGGGACCGAAUGGCCAACAAGAAGUUGGACCUCCCACCGAUGUGCUGCUGUGCUUCGUCCUUCUGGGAGUCGCACCCCGACACUUGCGCCAACAACUGCGUCUUCCACAACAAUCCGAAAGAGUACGCGCAGGCACUACAUGCAGCCGUGCUAAGUUUGGAUUUAAAGUAAAGGAUGUUGAGGAGAUGCUGACCAACAAUCAAAUGGACAUCAAAUACAUCUAAACCAGGGGUGGGAAAACUUUGGGGCUCAAUGGCCACGUGGGAAUUUGGUACAGGUCACUCGAAGAUUCGAUUUUUCUUUUAAGUGUUUAUAAAAUACAUUAAAAAAAAUCAUUUUAAUAACGAUAAUUCAGUUUCAUUUUAAAAAUGAAUUAUAGUUAAUUCAGUCAAAUUAACUAAUUUGAUUAAUAAUGUAAAUAGAAAUGUUCAAUGCGUUUUUGAAAUUUUUAUUUUCUCAUUUUUGUAUCAAUUUGGAAACGUAAUUAAGAAAAAAAAAUUUCAUAUUUAUUGAAAAAAUGGCUAAAUGCAACAAUGAAGUGAUUUUAAUCAUAAAAUAGUACAGUAAUUCACAUUUUGAAUUGUACUUACAAUUUAUAGUUCUACCGUAAUACAAUAAAAAAUCUUUAUGUAAAAUUUUACUAUUGUAUUUUAUUUCAUCAUCAAUUACAAUAUGAGAUGGGAAAAAAAUCAUGAAUCACUUUUAAGUAACCAAUUAUGGGGGGGAACAGCAAGAAUAUGCAAUAAUGCAACAAAUAUUACUAGAUUCCUGAUGACUUGGGAGUGACUAAUGUGAAGUACCAGUUUGAUACACACUUUUCAAAUUAGAAAUGUUCUCAAAUUACCUUACAUUAUGUUAUUAAUAAUAGAUGAUAUUCAUCUAUCUCAAAACACAGAUCAUGCUAUCGAUUUUUCACAAUAAUUGUAAGCAAUGAUUUAACAAGGUAGAAAAAAAAUAUCAAUAUGCACGGAUUUUUUUUAUUUUUUAAAUGAUGACAUUUCUACAGCAUUCCAAGAAAAUCACAAUGUCCCAUCACUGCUAAGCUAUUAUCAGAAGUGGUCCCUGGGCCAUGUUUUUCCCACCCUUGAUCGAAAUAACUUAUGUGAAGGUGACCAUGGGCUUUUAACCCGCAUUUUGUGUAAUGGUCAAUAGGGGGCGACACCAGGAUAAGAAGUCUGACCAGUGACAUUUACUUGAAGUAUAAAAUUGAUAAACAGUACAAUACAAUACUUGAAUAAUCUACAGAGGAGAAGUUACCUGUGUAAUCGUUUUAAUGUGUUUUAAACAGUGGCUUGCAUUUUGUGAUUGUUUAUUUUUUCAUGUUCAUAUCUUUGUGUGUGUAAUUAUAAAAUAAUGUUAUUACACUCUUAUUAAAACCCACUUCUUGAUUAAAAUAUUCCUUACA